GACUCUGACGUCUGGCUUGUAGCGCAGAGUGCAUCUGGCAGCUGUCGCCAUCAUAACAGGCUAAACGUUAAGCUUAGAAAAAAGUCAGUUAGCCGUUGAAUAACUAUAGCUACUCGUGUCAUUAACCUGUGACUAGCUCUUCUGUUGAGUGUCUGUCAACUGCUGUGAUGUUAUUAACCGGUAAACGCGUUUAGGGCUUUUGUAGGUUGUUGCCUUGUAUUCGCCUUAGCUGAGGCUAAUUUUGGGAGCACACAUUAGCGGCGCUGAAGUCUCGACAAGCAGUGAAGGGCUGCUGGAACUGUCGCUAGCAAGCAGCUGGCUAGUUGGCCGGCUAAUCAUUAAAAACACACACCAAGCGACACAUUAACUCAAUAAAGUCACGGGUGUGAACGUCGUUAGCUGAAUGGUCGCCGGUUUCCGCUGCUGUUGGAGCCGUACCGUAGCCGCGGAGCUAGCUGCUACUGCGCUCAGAAAGCAGGAAGAUUUUCUAGCUAAUAGCUAAAAAACAGCUGGGACUGGUUUUCUACUGUUGGAUUCUGUUAAGCUGGAGCUGGCAUCGUUACAUCCUCCAUCUUUAACACCAGGCUGUUGGGCCUGACGACAAGAGGAUGUCUGAGGGAGAGAGCAAACAGGGCCAGGACACUGUCCAGGAGGUGAGACCAGAGGCGAUGGCUGCAGCACCCGCAGGUCAAGCAGUGUCAUCGGUCUCACCCCCUGUGUCCGUGGUGGCCCAGUCUCAACCCACUGCUGCCACGGAGGACGAGGAGGAGGAGAGCGAGGAUGAGUCAGAGAUUUUGGAGGAAAGCCCGUGUGGACGGUGGCAGAAACGCAGAGAGGAGGUGAAUCAGCGAAACGUCCCUGGGAUCGAUAAUGCUUACUUGGCCAUGGAUACUGAGGAAGGAGUUGAGGUGGUUUGGAAUGAAGUCAUGUUCUCAGAAAGGAAAAACUUCAAACUACAAGAGGAAAAGGUGAAGGCAGUGUUUGACAACUUGAUCCAGCUGGAGCACUUGAACAUUGUGAAGUUUCACAAGUAUUGGGCAGAUGUCAAAGAGAACAGAGCAAGGGUCAUUUUCAUCACUGAAUACAUGUCAUCAGGAAGCCUCAAACAGUUUCUGAAAAAGACAAAGAAAAACCACAAGACAAUGAAUGAAAAGGCCUGGAAGCGCUGGUGCACACAAAUACUGUCUGCUCUCAGCUACCUGCACUCCUGUGAACCUCCCAUCAUUCACGGCAACUUGACCUGUGACACCAUCUUCAUUCAGCAUAACGGCCUCAUCAAGAUCGGCUCAGUCGCACCAGACACCAUUAACAACCAUGUGAAAACGUGCCGAGAAGAACAGAAGAGCCUCCAUUUUUUUGCUCCAGAAUAUGGAGCUGUUGCAAAUGUCACCACAGCCGUGGAUAUCUAUUCCUUUGGAAUGUGCGCCUUAGAGAUGGCUGUGUUGGAAAUCCAGAGUAAUGGAGAUUCAUCUUAUGUGUCCCAAGAAGCCAUAAACAGUGCCAUUCAGUCCUUAGAGGACCCUUUACAACGGGAAUUCAUCCAGAAGUGUCUGGAGGUAGAUCCCAGCAAGCGACCCACAGCCAAGGAGCUGUUGUUUCACCAGGCCUUGUUUGAGGUGCCCUUACUCAAGCUGCUGGCCGCACACUGCAUCGUCAGCCACCAGCAUAUGAUCCCAGAAAACGCUUUAGAGGAGAUGACGAAGAACAUGGACCCCAACUUGGUGAUCGUUGAAGCUAAGGAUGGAGUUCAGAUGAAGCUCUCUCAGUUUCCUGCUCUUGAGCUGGACAAGUUCCUGGAAGAUGUGAGAAAUGGGAUCUAUCCUCUGACAGCGUUUGGGAUCCCCUGUCCACAACAACCUCAGCAGGAGGCAGUCAAAUCACCCAUAGUGCCGCCAUCAGUCAAAACCCCAACACCUGAACCUGCAGAGCUCGAGACCAGGAAGGUCGUUCAGCUGCAGUGUAACAUUGAGCCUGUCGAUGAAGGAGCCAAGCAUCAUCUUACUCUGCUGGUGAAACUUGAGGAUAAACUCAACAGGCAUUUGAGCUGUGACUUGUUACCAAAUGAGAACGUGCAGGAGAUGGCCGUGGAACUGGUUCAGCUGGGAUUCAUCAGCGAGAGCGAUCAGCCACGGCUUGCGUCCGUUCUCGAAGAGGCCUUCUCGCGGUUCUACAAUCGGAACGGUUCUCUCAAUCCAGUGACGGUUUCCUCAUAGUGAAGGACCUGCCAGGUCUUCCCACAGCCCUCCUCUUGCUCUUCAACAGGACUAGCUUUUCGCUCCACCUUCAAGUUGCAGGAAAGCUUUGCAAGGACAAAGGAGGAAGCGUUGGCCUUGGAGGAUCCUGCAACCUGUCCCUGUUACUUCUGGUGGGAAAAGCUGCCACUAAGUGGCUGUUGCGUUCUAUUUUCUCUCCCACUUGAUACAGCCAUCUGCUUCUCUUUUUAAAAGAGGAAAUCCUGCAGCUUAAAGGAAAAUGCCACUGUUGUCACUUUGUACUUACCGCUCCUGGUGUAUAGUGUAGAAUUAAGAGAGGUAGGCAGAAUAAAGCUGGAUAACAGCAGUAUUUUCCUUAAGGCAGUAUUAAAAUAGUAUUUUAAACAUUUUUACUUAAAACUGUUUAAUAGUUGUCUGUACAAAAAGAAAGCAUCGUUGUUCCGGCAUCCUGAGGUGUUUAUUCUGGUGUUGUAAGAUGAAGUCUGGUUGUUGGCUCCUUUCAGCGUUCUCGUGAGCAGUGAGCUGAGGCACCUUCCCGUCUUGUAUUUGUUUUCAACCACUGCGUCCAGAUUAUAAUGAGAUCAGAUUAGUCGCUUCAAGUAUGCAGCUGCAGCACCAUCCGACGGGCUCCCGCUAACCUAUAAACCUAUCUAUUUAUUUGUGGACGUGUUCUCGCGUGUGCACUGUACUUCACCUCCAGCACUACGGCCGGUGGUUGUUUUGAAUGUACGCUUUUACCUGCUCUUUCUUUACAUGCUGUUGUUUUCUAGGAGAAGGGUUCUGAGCGUAGCUGCUGUUGUCAAGUGCACCUCUGCAGCACUUACCAGCCGAGGUCAGUUAGGAGACGAGAGCAGGCACCUGAUCUGAUGCAUGUCAACAGGUUUGCUUUACUCGCUUCUCUGCGUCUCAGGGGAAGCUGAUGCAUGCACCAAGUUGUCUUGUGGAGGCGCUUCCUUUCUUGCUUUAACAUUGGUGAGAGAAUAAUAUCACUUUGGGCCCCUUGAGUAUUUAGACCUUGUCACCUCCAAACAUUAGUUACUUCACUGCUGACGUAGUUCUUGCCACUUAGAAAUUUAGUUUUGGCUCAGACCUAUAUCUGUCGUCCAUUCUCAGAUCUCAGCUAGUUUGCACUGCUCUGUCCUGUUGGAGACGUCCUGUAGCCUCCAACCUCAGCAGGAGGAACGUAGCUGGUUUGGAAAAGACUGGUGUGGGUGCGUAGGUUGUGUGUUCGCUACGUUGUGACCACCUGUUGUUAUGGUCUGUAGAUACGUCAGGAGGCAGCGUGGACGCCUGGCAUGCUUGUAACCAUCUUGUACACUGUAUGCUGGACACUGUGCUGUCUCUGCUACGCGUUCAAACCCUUUUUUCACUUCCUCAAAUAAAAAAAUGACACAAUCAGCACUUGAA